CGUCAGUUCGAAAAAAAACGCGAACGUGUAUGGACAUGUUGUAGAGCGCACCGUUAUUUCCAAUCAGCCGUUCAUCAGAUUCGCGCGUGCAAAUUCUCACCCUUCACCCUCCGGCAACAUACGUUCGUUCGUUUGUUGUUGUCGUUGUCGUUGUGCGGGCAACUGGCGUUUAUUUUUCGGGGGCGGGGCAACGCGGGUCAUCGCAAAAUAUAGUCAAAAUCGUCAAUCGUCAUCGUUAACGGCCUCGCGUAAAAAACGUGUGUGCAGAAUUAAUGAAAUACUCGCGCCGCUUCAUCAAUGAAAAUCAAAGAGGAAGACUAUCCGACAAAUAGUAUCUCAAAGAUUGCCUUGGUAGUGUGCUGCUUCUUCGUUUUACGAUUUGUGUUUAGGCCAACAUUUUUGUUUGACAACAGUGCGUGCUAAACGAACGAAAGGCUGUCAAAAACUGACAGAAAACAAUCGCGGUAACAAAAAUCUUACCACAUUAACCGAAAAACCCGAAAACCAACCUGCUGCAUAAAUAAGGAUUAUAUACCGGCAGAACGUCAGCGGGGCAAAAAGUGAUUGGAUACACAUGUGUUAGCGGGCUAACGGUUGCCCUUCAUCAACAAUAUGUUUGACAACAAGUUCCGGCAUUGGAAUUGAAUUUAAUAAAAUAAAUUAAGCCAAAAACCAAAGGCGGGGAGUGGGUCAAAAGCACAAAAACACACACGCAGUUUGAAUUGUUAAUGAGCGGCGGCAAAAAGUGUUAAACGCUGAUGAGGCUCCCUCUGCCGACGCCACUGUCGCUGAUUCAACAGUGCUGAAAAGUCAAUUAAAGGCGAAUGCCGGAGGAGUCUGGACUGGAAAGCCAUUGGCGAACUUGGCCAGAACGUAGUUAACGUGGUAAAGGAGAGCAGAAACCCAGAAACAGAAAGCCAGUAGAGACAGCGAGCGUGUAAUGAGCAGACGACGGGCAAUUACCAUGUCGUUGGCCCCUCAUCUUGGCCUGGCUUUUAGCCUCGGCCUGUGCAUGGUUCUAGCCGGAUUGCAAGUGGCCCAGGGAUUGGCCAACUGCCCGAAUGGCUGCGAGUGCGACGAUGACACCCUAAUGGUCAAUUGCGGUGAGGGCACCCUAGACGUCUUGCCCAUCGCCCUGAAUCCCGCCAUCAAGCGACUUGUGAUUAAGAACAACAAACUGAAGACCAUCGACUCAUCCAUGCAGUUCUAUGCACAGCUAACAUUCCUGGAUCUGUCAUUCAACGACAUGCUUACCAUACCAGAAAGAUCGUUUUCGUAUCACGCCAAAUUGCAGGAGCUGCACCUGGACCACAAUAAGAUUGGCCAGGUGUCGAACAAGACCUUUCAGGGUCUCUCAACGAUUAGUGUUUUGAAUUUGAGGGGUAACUUGAUUGCCGAACUGGAAUAUCGUACUUUUUCGCCGAUGGUCAAGCUGGCGGAGCUGAAUCUUGGCCAGAAUCGUAUCAGUCACAUCGAUCCACAUGCCCUGGAUGGCUUGGACAACCUGAGGGUUCUUUAUCUGGAUGAUAAUACUCUCACCACUGUCCCAGGAGAGCUAACCUUCCAGGCACUGCAUUCCCUGGCAGAACUUUACUUGGGCACCAACUCAUUUAUGUCCAUUCCCGGUGGAGCUUUCGAGGAUCUCAAAGGACUGACCCGCUUGGAUUUGCGUGGAGCUGGCUUGCAUAACAUCUCUGGAGAUGCUCUCAAGGGUCUGGAGGCCCUUCGUUACCUGGAUCUGUCGGAUAAUCGCCUUCCUGCGAUACCCACUGCAGCUCUUCAAAAUUUAGGACGGCUGGAACAGCUGAACAUUGGCCAGAAUGACUUUGAGGUGAUCUCCUCGGGAGCCUUUUCGGGUCUACGGGAGCUGAGGCACCUGGAGUUGACGGGUGCCCAGAGAUUGAGGCGUGUGGAGAGUGGUGCCUUUAGCGGAAACACCAACCUGGAGCACCUAAACCUUUCCAGUAACAAGCAGUUGAACGAACUAUCCUCCAUUGCCUUGGGUGGCUUACCCCAUCUCAGUACUGUGGUGCUGAAGGCCAACCAACUGAGCAGCCUGGAUGAGGGUCUAGUGCCCUGGGCUGAUCUUCAAACCCUUGAUCUCUCCGAGAAUCCCUUCGAAUGCGAUUGCCGUUUGUUGUGGCUGCGUCAUCUUCUGGUCAGCCGGAAUGCAAGUGGUCAGUAUGCCCCAGUGGUCUGCGCCUAUCCAACAGCUUUGCGGGAUUUACCGCUGGCCCAGUUGGCUGAACCACUUUUGGGCUGUGCCCAUGGAGCGGCCAGCAAGCAGGCCAUCAUUGGAAUCCUUGUGGUGGCUUGUGCCGCUCUAAUAACCACCUUGGCCCUGAUUCUCUACACCUGUCGUCGACGGAUUCGGGAGGUCCUUAAGGGACACUCGGCUUUGGGAAGAAAGGAGCGCGAGUACCAGAAGACCUUUUCCGAUGAAGAGUACAUGUCGAGGCCACCACCCGGCACCGGAGGAGUUCACCCAGCUGCUGGUGGCUAUCCCUAUUUUGCCGGCAGCAGUCGGCCGAUACCGGUUACCGAGCUAUAGCUAGAAGCACCACCCCCGCCUCAGCUGCGGGGUCGGGGUGGUGGUGGCGGUGGCGCCAGCACUGCCAGCGGUGCCGUGCAGCAACUCCAAGUGCCCAGUGCCGUGGACCAGGCCUCCAACUCCUUCGCCCAGCUCAGCCACAUUCACUACAUGACCAACAAUGGCCAACAGCAGCAGACCCAGCCCAACUCGAAGAUGCACCACUCACAGCAGGAUAUGCGUUUGUUAGCCUGCAACGGCGGUAAACCACUGAAUGCUACCUCGCUGCCGCGCCACCGGCCACCGGUGGUACAGGAGAGCACCCUGUCGCACUACAGCCAGCCACUUGCCAACGGGAUUCGUCUCACCCAGGACCACUUUAACCACAACCAGAACCAGAGCCACAACCAUCACUAUGGAGGAGUCUAUGCCAAGCCUUGCGAUGCGAUGUCUGAGCCCGGAUAUAUCCAUAAUAAUUCGCAUUAUUCGCUGCCCCUGGAUCAUGAUUUGCCACCCAGUCCCACGCCCACACCACCGCCCCCUGCCCUGCCGCUGAGAAAUGGAGUGGGCAUGGCAAUGAUCCAUGGUAACACCACCGGUCGCAGAUCCUUUAACAAUAAUAACAACAAUGUGUCUACCUUGUCCAACAACAAUCAUCAUGGUGGUGCUGGUGGAGUGGGCGUGGCAGUGGGCAACAACAAUGGCAGCCUGAGGCGGUAUCACUGAUAUCCGGCCAAGACGUGCGGUACUUUGGGCCGUACCAUCAUCAAAACCAGGCCGGAUCCGGAUAUCGAGCUGCAUUACUUCUACAAGGGUUAAGAGAAAAAAAAAGGAAAAACGAAGAGCAAGGGAAAUCGAUCUAAUUUAAUCGGGUUUGUUUUGGUUUUUAUUUUUGAAAAGAAUUGGCGGAAAUGAAUUCAUUUUAUUUGACAUAAAAAAGUAUGCAGCUCUAAGAAGUUGCUAAAAUUCCGCUAAUUCUAAUCAAAAACGAAAAUCAUGGCAAUCCUGAAUAUUCAUAAUCUAGUUGUAUAUUCCUACGUUACGUGUAUUCAAGCGAAAGCAUUUUGUAUAAAUUAGGAUUUAGUUCGAGAGGUUGUCGACCAGUAAAAGCGCAGGAAAAACGCAGGUGUAUAUAAGAAAAUCUUGCGCACAAUUUGGCAGGCAGUGCAGGUUGGUCUAAAGAAAAUGAAAAACUAAAAUAUAGUCGGCCAACCUGCCGAGCGGUCAUUUCAUUUGCAUACAGUGAUCUUAAUUAUUAAGUUAUGCUAACAAGCAUUUCGAUUAUUGUAAAUAAUUAGAAGCUUCUUUAAUAAUUCGACAAGGAAAAUCAAUAAAAUUUAUAAACAAAAACUCAAAAAAAAAAAAAAAAACAAUUUAAGCCAAUAAAUAAUUUUACUUUAUUAAAUAACAAAAUAAGCUACGCGCUUAAGCACCAGUCAUUAAAACUAUGUAUGUAUUUAGCCUAAAGCUAUCACAAAAAAUAUUCCAAAAAAACAAUAAAAACGCCGAAAACAAAUUGAAAGUAAAUAUGCAAAAAAAACUAAAAGUAAAACACAACAGAUUUUUAUAGUUAAUAGACUCAGUAAAGAAUAAACUAACCAUUGGAAUAAUAAACAAAGAAGAUGUUUACACAAUGUAAAAUGGAAAUAGCAGAACUAUUGAAAAACUUCGAAAUAUUCAUGUAGAACCUAUGCCGCAUUCACAAAUAUGAAUAAGCAAUUUAUGCAACAUAAACAAAUAAAGAGUAAAUCUAUAUAUAUAUAUAUACGAAUUAUGCGUGUAAAUAAAAACAAGUAACUAUGCUCGAAAAAACAUA